AUGUCGAGCGCUGAAGACCCUGAAGUGACAUCAUACUCCCUCGAGGAGUUCUGCCACACCGCUGGUGAACUUUUGAAUCUUCCUGAUGGGGACUCGUUCAAGUUCACUCAGUUCGCUUUAUCUGGGCUCGACGAGCGCGACGGACGCCAAACUUCCAUCGACCCGUACUUGAACCACCUAUCUCAGCAAGAGGACAUCGAACUUACCUGCACGCGCGACAUCGACUCCAUCAUCGGUUUAAGCACCAGAAUCGAGCUUCGAGAUGCGGACCUAACCAUUUUUCCUAUUCCGCGGUACCAGGAUACCCUGAAGAGGAAUGUGAAACUCACAUACGACGUUUGGGACAGUCAGGGAAGCAUCAGAAAUGUCGAUCUUCACAAGAUACCAAACGUCGGGGUCGGUAAAUUCGGUACACAUACCCUCAUUCGCCUGAUGUUUCCCAACGCUCCUCGAGAGACCCCUACCAGCCCCCCUUGGGCCUUGUCCGUAAAGUGCCAGGCAGAGCUUUACGAGCUUGGGAUCCGGCCAGUCUUGCGAAACCUCAUGGAGAGUCGCGCAUCAAACCUCCCAGCUUCACGGAAAACCGAGCUGUUUCGAGCUAGGAUGGCGAACGGCACACUCGCCUUGUCCAGCCGCAAGAUCCCCGAUUUUGUUGUCGAGCAGUUCAGCGAUGUUCUUCGGGAGACGCUGGCGGAGAAUAAGGUGGAGUGGGCGCAGGAUUUCUUCUUCAUGCACGAGAUCCGGGGAAUCAAAGACUCGACUUACCACUCAGCCCAAGACCAUCACCUCGCUCUACAGGCUUUGGAGAAGACGCUGGCCAGUAACCACCUCGACCUCAACCGCCUCCUCUCGGGUCGCCACGGCGAUUGGUACUUGGAUAUUGGAGUGGAGGUUGCCGCCGGGGAUGGCACGACUUGCCUCGCCUGGGAUCGCAAAACCCACGCGUUAAUCCUUAACCAAGUCGGUGGCAUUCCCCUGGAAACAGCAAAGUCGAUAACUCAACUGUCCAGCGGGAAAUACUACGUCGAUUUGGCUUCCCACCUCACCGCAGUCGCGGGCUUUCGAGUCACACCAGGGCCUUCACAACGAGGAUCGUACGACCUUCACUACUGGCAGGCUUACCACACGGACAAGGCCCACACGUACCAGCCUGAGAAGGGUCAUUUUGGGAAGCACAUCAGCGGGUACCAGGUCACCCACGGCAAGGCACUCAGCUUUUUUGACGGAGCUUAUGGGGUGUACCGGCGGUGCGCUGAAGACUCUCCGUCCAAUCUCAGAAUGGAAGGUCGAGUGCCUAUUCGCUACGGAGCAACCUUUAUGGUUGCGAUCGACCCCGACAUUUUGUUUUUGGGGGCCUUCGGGUUUAGCUGUUGGGCUUGGUGGGGGUUUAAAGCGUACCGAAUUCUAUCUCUAAAGCUCCUGUACGAGUGGCAACUCGCAGGCGCGCCACGGCUUCGGACUGAAGAACCAGCUCUCCUUCUCGCAGCCGCCGUUAUUCUUCUCACCAACAGUAUUCACUCGACCAUAGACACCCGGCCAGCGUCGCGAGAAGUCAUGGCUGCAAUUUUCCCUCUCGCUGAGCGAUCAUCCAUCUUCGAGCACCACCUCCCAUUUCCCAUAUCUCUCGAGCCCCGCGAGAGCAAUUCGCCAGUCGACUCGGACGAGUCUGAGGACUCUGAAAGCGAAGUAGCGGUGCUCGCUGCGUCAUCCGAGCGGGUGGGGCGAGAAAGAGAGGCCAGCCGACUUCGCCAUCCAGUCAGCAGCAAUUCCGACGAUGAAGAGAUCGCGCACGAACUGUCGACCGUCCCCCGAGCGUCCGACCUUGUUCCUCAUGCUCCAUUUGGAGCUCUGUUUACUCGACCUCUUCGAAGCCCUCCACCCCCAGUCCCUCGGUUCGAAUGGCGGCGCAUUGUCCUGACCGACAAUGCAUUCAAGCUUAUGUUUGGUCAGACUCGCCGCGAACUUCUCGAAGAUAUCCUUGCGUCCAACAUCGCAGUCCCAAGAAAUCCACUUCGAGUCGCUAACCGCAGAAAGCAGCCACUUGCUCCAGCAGCAGCACCGAUCCCCACGUUCGGACUCGAAGACGCUGGAUUCCAAAUCCAACCUCCAGACACCGACGACGGCUCCGACAUCGAGAAAGACGCCAGCGACGAGUUCGAAAGCGAAGACCCUCUGGAUAAGGGUCUUGACUUGGCGCUGGGCCAGCUGUGGAACCAGUCGUUCGUCGACUUCGCCGGAACCAUGCCCAACCGAACUGCUACUGCGAAGAAUGGGAUGAACCACGGGCCUUACACGGUACUCAAUGAGGAGGAGCGCACCAGGAUCACAGCAGAGCAGUUUAGAAACCUCAACCUCUCGGAUACCUUCGAAGAUGUCCAGUGGCGCCACGCGAAGGACGACAAGGAGUGGAGGGAGGUCUUCGACCGUUUGUGGCCACCCAGGGGUUUAAGGAAGAUUGGAAAGACUCAGAAUUACAGCAAGACUCGGUACUACCCCAGCUGGGUUGAGAUGACGGAGCGCCUAACGCCUGAAGCUGCCGAAGCAGCUCGCGGAGAGCUAUGGGGACUCUUCAAGAAGCUUCGCUGGGUUCCCCUUGCGAAAGCGGAUCGCAUUUGGGAAACUCGAGCGACUCCCAGCACGUUCAAGAGGCCUCCAGGAGCGGACCCGACCCAGCCUGCUCCAAAGAUCCUCGUAGUUCCUAGAGGGAAACCGACCUGGUGCGGCAAUCGCGUUGAGGCUUGGGGUGCUCUGUAA